GCGCAGUUAUAAAUAUUUAUUCAGACGGAUUAGUCGCCAUUAGCAUUUCACCAUGAAGAUAUGUCAGUAGUAGAAGUUAUAUUAUUAUCAAUCUCAAUAGCAGCAAUUGGAGGAUGGUUACUGACAUGGUUUAUACACACUGUAGCUUUAAUUUAUGGAUUGCGAAAACUUCACAAACCGUCUCCUCAAACUUCCCCGGAAGACCUCCAGGGUGUUUCCAUCAUCAAACCCCUUGUAGGAGUUGACUCUAAUCUCUAUUACAAUCUCGAGACAUUCUUCAAUAUCAAGUAUCCAGCCUUUGAGCUGUUAUUUUCGGUACACGAUGAACAAGAUCCUGCCAUUAUGAUAGUCCAGAAACUCAUUGAGAGAUACCCUAAAGUAGAUGCCAAACUUUUCAUUGGAAUGAAGUAUGUUGGACCGAAUGGGAAAGUAAAUAAUAUGAUGAAACCUUUUGAAGCAUGUAAAUAUGACCUUGUAAACAUAUCAGACAGUUCAAUUAAAGCACCACCUGAUGUUCUCAUGGACAUGGUAGGUCACAUGACUGCAGACACUGGCCUUGUAUUACAGAUGCCUUACUGCUGUGAUCGUAAAGGAUUUGCAGCAAUCUAUGAAAAGGUAUUUUUUGGUACAAUGCAGGCCCGUAACAUGUUGACAGCUAUAGCAUUGGGUAUAAACUGUUCCACGGGUAUGUCUUCCAUGGUGAGAAAAGAGAUCAUAGAACAUGCAGGAGGACUUCAACAUUUUGCUCAAUAUCUUGCCGAGGACUUUUUCCUAGCUCAACAAACCGUUCAGCAAGGAUUUAAGAUCAAACUGAGUAAUAAACUGGCCAUGCAGAACUCUGGCUUUUACAGUGUGAAUCAUUUUCACCAGCGCUUGACACGUUGGGGACGACUUCGUGUAGCUACAGUUCCAACUCUUCUCUUUCUUGAACCUGUCUCGGAAUGCAUUUUACAAGGUCUAAUACUAUCAUGGUGUGUUGAGUACAUGUUUGGAAUAUCAUCAAUGGCAUUUUUUCUGAUGCACUUGCUUGUAUGGUUUCUUGUAGACUAUACAUUACUGAACAUAUGUCAGAAUGGACCUCUGCCAUUCAGCAAGUUUGAAUUUCUGUGUGCUUGGUUAUUUCGAGAAUGUACUUCAUUCUACCUGUCAUUGAAAGGUCAUAUGUCAUCAGCGAUUGUGUGGCGGCAUCGAAAAUACAGGUUACGUUGGGGAGGAACUAUAGAGGAGAUAUGAAGUCAAUACAGACUGUGAUUUUUAGUACACCUGGAGAGUAGCUGUAGAAUGUGUGUCUUGAUUGAAUGAAGGAUAUGCUUUUGGGGUGGGGGGAAACCCAAAUUUGUCAUUUUAUAUUUAUCUCAGCCAAGAACUAAUGGAAUGUAAUAAUAUGGCUUUCAUCUUUUGGAAAAGGGAAAAUUUGAGUAAGUUUGGACACUACACUUCUGUAGUUUGCCACAGUAUUAAAAUGAUAUGUGAUUUGCCAUAUGAUAACAAUAUUGUUUUAAUAUUACCACCGUAAAAACUUGAACACAUUACGCAGGUUUUUUUCGAUUUUUUUCAUUUUCACAAAGGGGUGCGUAUUAUACACCAAAGUAGAGCUUCAUACAUUUUUUCUUAGUUUCAUAGCAUGUAAAUAUCGCCGAAAAUCAGACAGUUUCUUGUAAUUUUGUAUGUUGUCUGCUGUUUACGUUAUUUACACCUACUUUUUAAGAAUGCUUUAGGCUGGGUCUAAAAGCAGGUACGGUGCCCUAGGAUAAAGUUGCUUUUAAUUGCGAAUUUUUUUAAAAUUUUUUAGAUGUAAUUAAUCGUUUAAGUGGCCAUGUGUUCACGAAGUCGGUUAAUUGUCGUACAUAUCCAACAGCGAUGGAUAAUGGGCCAGUAGAAAUAAUAAAACCUUAGGAAGUGGAAAUUUUUGCGGUUUGUAUAAAAUCAGUAAAAACAUUUUCUGUCAGAGGAUGUUCAGAUAAAAUGCAAUUAAAACGGUAUGUUAAUUCUGUAUUCCAAGCAAGUUAUUACUCAGGAGUUCAGUCGAUCAUACAUUGUUAAACACUCCUUUGGUGUGCUAAUAAUUAUGAAAUGCUGUUCGCACGUAUAAAGCUUGCUGAGAAGGUGUUGACAGUUUGAGAAAGUGUCAUGUUCUCAGAGUACCUGAAAAUAUUGAUGACAUUUUUUUAGAUGUCUGUAACCUGUUAAGUAAGAUGCAAGUGCGAAUUUCAUGCGAAGUCGAUACGCGAGCCAAAAAUGGCUGAUUGUAUACAAAAUUCUCGGACUAAUUUUGAUGCAUAUUAUAUUCCAAUAUAUGUGUUUUCCUAAAAUUUUGAUACAAGAUCAGGGGUGCGUAAUAUACACGCUGGCGUAAUAUAUUAAAGUUUCUACGGUAACACUUUUAUAAAGUAACUAAUUAAUAUACAUAAUAUAAUGUGAAUCACAAGUUAGUACGUCCUCAUUUAUUUGUAUUUUUUUCCAUAUUGGUAUUUUUUUAAAAAAAAAAUCCCACUAGUUCUUUAAUUUGCAAGUUUAUCAGCCAAUCAAAUUUCAUAUCUGUUAAUGGCCAAGAAUGUUUCAUAAAAUGGCCGAGUUUUGCCCUUUUAUCUUGUGAUGAUAUUUUUAUCUUGGCAUUAUAGUUAAUUAAUAUAAAGAGUUGAGCUGAGGAAAGGUUCAGUAUUUCUCUUGCAGACCGUAAUAUAUCGGCUUUUUUUUUUUUUUUUUUAAAUGUGAGUGUUUAGUAAAUGUCAGUUUGUCAACACACCUAUGUGGCAAAAUGAAGAUUAAUUGUACAUAACCAAAUAGUAAUAAAAAAAAUCUUAGAAU